AUGGCGGCGCCGAGCCCCGGGCCCCGCAAGGUCUUGACCCUUUCUCCAGAGGGUGGAUGCAGAGCAGCCGCCUCGUCCUCUGGCCGCCGUGGCCUCCUGUGGCGCCUGCGGGAUAAGCAGUCACGCCUGGGCCUAUUUGAGAUUGGCCUGGGGCAUGAGCUGCACGGGUUGACAUGCAUGAUGCAGGCCGGGCUGUGGGCUGCCACCCAGGUCUCCAUGGACCACCCACCUUUGGGGCUGCCCAGUGAGGAAGAUUUCUCUGAGGUCCUGACCCAGGUUCACGAGGGUUUCGAGCUGGGCACCCUGGCGGGCCCGACCUUCGCCCGGCUGCGCCGCUCCCUAGGCCUGGCGGAGGAGGACUAUCAGGCCGCACUGGGCCCCGGCGGCCCCUACCUGCAGUUCCUCAGCACCUCCAAGAGCAAGGCCAGCUUCUUCCUGUCCCACGACCAGCGCUUCUUCCUGAAGACGCAAGGGCGUCGGGAGGUGCGGGCCCUGCUCGCUCACCUGCCCCGCUACGUGCAGCACCUGCAGAGGCAUCCGCACUCGCUGCUUGCGCGGUUGCUGGGAGUGCACAGUCUGCGGGUGACCGGGGGGAAGAAGAAAUACUUCAUCAUCAUGCAGAGCGUCUUCUACCCGGUGGGCCGCAUCUCUGAGAGGUAUGACAUCAAGGGCUGUGAGGUGAGCCGCUGGGUGAAUCCGGCCCCCGAGGGCAACCCCCUCGUCCUGGUGCUGAAGGACCUCAACUUUCAGGGCAAGACCCUCAACUUGGGGUCCCAGAGGAGCUGGCUGCUCCGCCAGAUGGAACUGGACACUGCCUUCCUCCGGGAGCUCAACGUGCUGGACUACAGCCUCCUGAUAGCCUUCCAGCCUCUCCACGAGGACGAGAAGGGCCCAGGCAGCAGCCUUAUCUUCCGCAUGGCCAGGUCCGUGCAGGGGGCACAGAGCCCGGAGGAGCCGGGAGCCCAGAACCGCCGGCUGCUGCCCGACGCCCCCAAUGCCCUACACAUCCUGGACGGGCCAGAGCAACGCUAUUUCCUGGGCCUCGUGGACCUCGCCACAGUCUACGGGCUGCGCAAGCGGCUAGAGUACCUGUGGAAGACGCUGCGCUACCCGGGCCGGACCUUCUCCACAGUCAGCCCGGCUCGCUAUGCCCGUCGCCUAUGCCAGUGGGUGGAGGCUCACACCGAGUGACCGGCACCCAGCCCCAGUCUCCUCAUCUCGACAAUCCGCACAGGGCAGGAGUUCUAAUUCUAGCCGGGGUCGGGCAGCGGUUCCGGCUCCCUUCCUGCCGUUCCACGUGAUGGCCAGAAGGGGGCAGCAGCAUCCUUUAAUGCUACAACACCAACCCCCCGACCCCCAUUUGAUGGUGAUGUUGUGCCAGGCAUUGUGCCAAGGACUCUACUAUAGUAGUUCAUUUAAUCCUCACACACACACAAAAAAAAACUAUUCUCUUUUUACAGACCAUGAAAUGGAGGCUCAGGGGAGGAAGGGACUGAACAAGAUCACUCAGCAAUAAAUGCUGGAGUCAGGACUCAAACCCAUGCCUUUUUGACUCAGGAGCCUGUAUUCUUAACACCAGCUCCCUCAGCCCUGUCCUCAUGCUCUGGGGAAAGGGAGAGGCUGGAGGCUCCAACCCCCUUGUCAUCCAAACGUGGAAAUGGAGGCCCAAAAACUUUAAAGGGCUUUCCACAGGUAAGGUAAGGUAAGGCCUGCCGUAGAACCCAGGCCUCCUGCCCCACUGCCCCCAACUUAAGCAGGGCCCCACCAGCCUCCCUCUAGG